CAUUGGAUCGGCGGGAAAAACAAAAAUGGCGUCUGAUAAUUUGUUCGGUUGGGAAAAUAAAUGACAAACCGUGACUGAGGUAACUGGGACCCGACACAUCUGUGACAAUGGAGGACACAGAAUCAAGGUUCACACAUCUCCUACAGCCAAUCCGGGAUUUGACCAAGAACUGGGAGGUGGAUGUAGCUGCUCAGCUGGGCGAGUACCUGGAAGAGUUGGAUCAAAUCUGUAUUUCUUUUGAUGGGGGUAAAACAACCAUGAAUUUUGCUGAAGCAGCUCUUCUGAUCCAGGGGUCGGCGUGUAUCUAUAGUAAGAAGGUGGAGUAUCUUUACUCUCUGGUGUACCAGGCUCUGGACUACAUUUCCAACAAAAAACGUGAUAAGCAGCCAACCUCUGUAGGUGCAGAUGGCGUAGACAAUGACGCAACCUUUGCACAUCGCAAUGAGGAAGAGGAGUUUCUGAGUCUUGAUGAUAUAACCGAUCCCAAGAAAGCCAGUGUUGACAUGAAGAAGGACCAGAACCCCAAUGUUGUGAACAUUGUCCCCCUGACACCGAUGGCUCUGGUACCUCCGGAGGAGAUUGAGAAAAAAAACAACCCCCUAUACAGCCGUAAAGGUGAGGUGCUCGCCAGCAGAAAGGAUUUCCGUAUGAACACAUGCACCCCCCAUGCCAGUGGAGCCUUCAUGCUUGAGCUGGCUGGGAUGUCCCCCACACGCUUCCUGCAGCAGAUACCACCACAGAGAGAAGUCAUCCGGGAGCCAGGUGACGAGAAUGUGCAGCUGGGAGAUAAUUUAAACAUGGAGGCAGAAACGUCAGACUGUGUUGCUCCUGUUCCCGUCCUUAACUUCUCUGAUGCAGAUCCAGCUGUGGAGAAUGUUGACUGUGGUGGGUUUGUUCCUCUGGAUGAUCUGCAUGAAGCAGAUGAUGGAGACAUGGAGCCGGCAGAACAUAUUGAGCGCCAGAAGAUGCAGAUGGAGGAGAAGGGUUAUGCCCUGCGUCAGAGAGUUCCUGAACAAAAACUGUCUGUGAGCAUUAAGAAUGAUGUUCCUGACCCUUGGCGCAGCCUGGAUCCUUUUGAUUCCUGUGAAGAGAAGCCUUUUAAAAAAGGCAAACACUUUACUGUUCCUCGAGGGGUGGUCGAUGAUGCGUCAUCCAACAAGAGAAAGCGGAAGCUCUCCUGCAAACUACCGGACUUUAUGAAGUGGUUUUCCUCUACAAGUCUGGACGGGGCAGAAGGGAUGAAAUCCAGGAGGAAGGGCCCUACUUUUGCAGAUAUGGAAGUCCUUUACUGGAAGCACGUCAAGGAGCGUAUGGCAGCGCAACGACAGCUUCAGCGGCGCAUGGGAGCGCAGUUUGUUAGUGUAGUGGAGUUCCCGGAAGAGGAGGAACUAUUGAAUCCUAUAGAGGAACAGCGUGAUGCAGAUUAUCUAGAUCAUGACGGAGCAGUAGAUGACCUCUCGGAUCAUGAAGAUUUGGGUGCCAAUAUCCCAGCCUGUCUGAGGGAGGAGCCGCUGAUAGGAGACCUUGAAUCUGCUGACCUCCCAGGCCAGUUAAGCUAUGAGGAGCUGGUGAGAAGGAAUGUGGAGCUGUUUAUUGCCAAUUCUCAGAAGUACGCCCAAGAGACUGUAUUGUCCUUACGAGUGCGCGAGUGGGAGGAUAAGAUGGGGCCUCAGCUGCAAGAGCAGGAGGAGCGGGGGGCUUUUGACAUCCACGAUUAUGGCGACAGUCUAGUAUCCAAGUUUAGCCGAGUGGGGGAAUGGAGGACGUUUGCAAGUCUUAUGGCGGACAAGCAGCCGUAUGAGGUGUGCCGUUACAUGCUGGCGUCUCUGCAGCUGGCUAAUGACUACACAGUGGAGGUGUCUCAGAAACCUGGACUGCAUGAAGGUGUGGAUACUAUGGCCCUGCGACUCCUGAGCCAGCAGAAGGCACAUGAGAGGUUCAAGACAUACACCGCACCCUCCAUCUCCCAGCAGUGACAGUUACCCUCCCCCUGGGUCCAUCAGCAACGACGGAGUAUCUCCUCCUCCUGACAUCUGACCUAGACUGGCGCUGCUUUAUUCUCCGGUGCCCAACACUGAGCAUGCCACUCUGACUUUCUGCCCUGGGUCAGGUGGCCUCUUAUUUUACUGGAGCCCAGCUUUUUAUAUUGUAUAUGGAGCAAGUGAAUCUCACCGCUAUAAAACUGUGCCAGAUGAGCUCCCAGUGUCCAGACUGUGAUACAAUCAUUAAACCUCAUGGUUGUCCGGAUGUACCCGGCACUUGUUUCUGAUCUUUCCAUUCUGCCUCUGUAAAUAAAACCUGCCUGCACCAUGAGCGUAUGGAAGUAUAUGGAGAACUUGCCCCCUUGCUCUUCAGAAGAGAGUUUUUAUUCUGUAUAUAGAAUUGUUUUAUCUAUAUCUUCUGUACAGUUCCCUUUCAGCUGUCACAUGUUUUUAUAUAUUUGUGCAUAAACUGAAUAUAUACCCA